AUGAUGGACGGCAGUAGAUUCAUCAGAUGUGGAAUGUUCGCGAUGGCGUCACAGACGCUCCAGAACGGGACCACGCUCCAUACAUGGUCGCGUAAUUCUGCGUUUCCUGGUUACUCAAGGUCCCAGUUACGAGGAAGUUACAUUAAUAAGAAAAAGAAACGGUCUAGGAUUGAUCCGAUAAUCAAGAAAUACAACCCAAAGAAAAUGGAGUCCACGUUCAAGCCGCCGAAAAGCAUCGUGUUUUUAUUUGGAAUGCUUAUAGUUAUUUGUGAUGCUUCUCAAGGAGCGUAG